AUGAAAUAAACUAAUUAAAAGCUAAAUCAGUAAGACUAAUUACUGAAAUAAUAGCUAUAAAAUGAAGCUUUAUUAUCUGAAGCACUUGAAUAUUUCAUCAAUCCAAAAUAAUAAAAUGAAUAAUUAGUAGAUUCAUUGAUUUAGAUAUAAUUUUUUAAAAACAAUUGUCCUGAGGGAACUCGACUUCAAGAUUUUGUUAUUCAAACAAUAAAAUAUGCAAAAUAUGAGUGUUUUCCUUAUGGAUAAAUAGUUUUUAAUUAUGGAGAAUUUGGUGAUAAGAUGUACAUUAUAUUGAAAGGCUAAGCUGGUGUUUAUAUCCCUAAAUCAUAAGAAUAAAUUCAAGAAGAGUUGGCUUAAAAUAAUCUUAAAAAAAGCAAGAGAUUGCUUUUCAUAGAUGACGCAUUGUAUGAAAAUAGAUAGAAUCCUAUUUACUAUUAAGAAGGAGUAUAUAGAUUCCAUAAAGUAUAUCAUAAUGAAAUACACUAUAGGUAUUUUAAUACAUAUCUGGAUAAUGCUUUGGAGAUGUGGCAUUAACGUCUGAUAAACCUAGAACGGCUAGUUUGAUAGCAGUAUCAGAUUUCUUACAUUGUAUAUCAAUUAAUCGUGCUCAAUAUAAAUUAAUAUGUGAGAAGGCUAUUUAAGAAUAAAAGAAGGCAAUGAGUUUAUAUUCUAAAAUAUUUCCUGGAAUCUAACCAUUUAGUAUUACAAAAUUUGUAUAAUAUUUAAGACCAAUCAAAUUUGCAUCAUAAUCUAUUAUAUGGUAAGUAGGAGAUGAACCUUAAUAUCUAUUAAUUAUUGUUAGUGGAAGAGUUGAUAUAUAUAUUAAAAUUGAUGAAUAAAAGGCAUUUAAUAAUAAAGUAAUACCUAAAAAUAAAUUUAACAUAGUACUCAAAAAGAUUGUAGUAUAUAUAUUAUUGUUAUUUAUAGCUUAGUUCAAUAACAGAUGGAGGAAUUAUUGGUUAAGAAGAAAUUAUUGAAGAAUUACCUUAACGAAAGUAUAAUUGUCAAUGUGUUGAUAAUACUAGUGCAUAUUAUGUGGAAGCUGAGGAAUUUAGAAAAAUAAGGAAGAAUUUUCCAGAUAUUGUUAAUCUUUUAAAAGAAAUUCAAGAAAAAAAUAAUUAAUAUAUAUCUUUAAGAUAUUAAUAAAUAAUGUAGAGUAUUUAAAAUUAUUAAUAAUCUAACAUUAAUACUACAUAAAAUUAAUAGACUUCAAUACCAUUUGAUGAACUUUUAGAUGUAUAACAAAGACACUUAGAUUAAUCUAAAGUUUUAAGAUCUCAAAAUAAAAAACUCUUAAGUCUUUCUUAAAGUGUAAAAAAAAAUAAGAGGCAUUCUAAUAAAAAUACAAAGAUAAAAUGUAAAAAGAUUUUUUUGUACCAAAUUCUGAAUUACACUAAAAUAUUUAAUAAAAAUAAGAAAAGCUUUUUUAUAUUAAUAAUAGACAUUUACAAUAAAAAAGUAAAUAAGAAUUGAGUCUCUCUAAUGAAAUUAAAAACUUUAAAUUAAAUUUGUCUAAAUCUUAAUCUAAAUUUAAUUAAUCUGAAGAGAACUUUGAGAAUAUAAUUUCUUUUUAACAUUAAUAUUAAUUAACUGAUGGAUCUUCACUGUCUCCAUCUAGAUUAUUAUAAUUCAAUCAAUCACCAAGAAGGGACUCUUUAAAGAAACAUCAAAUUUUACUAAAUAUGUAAACAUAAAAAAAGCCAAAUAAUUUUAAUAAACAUAAUUCUUUAUCACUUCGCCAUAUCAAUAGUCUUCAUUCUUAAAGUAAUAUAAAAAAAGGAAUUAAAACUGAUUAAAGCAUUCUUAAUGAAUAAUAGCAUCAAUAGUUGUUCAUUACAUCUUGUAGAAACAAAUACGAAAAAUCUCCUAAAUCAUUUCCUAAAUUAUUGUCAAUAGAAGAUGACAACAAUUGA